AUGCCGUCAUCAAGAAGCUCCUCACCUGCAGCGGCAGCACGCGAUGCCUCCACGGCUGCUCCUGACAUCUCGAUCCGCGGCGACCACGUCGCGCUCCACCCCGCGGGCUACGACGCGCCCAGCUCCGAGGAAAACCUGAUAGACAACAUGGCACGAUUCCGGACUUCGCCCAUGGACUUCCUACGCGAGGUCUCGCUGUACGUAUCCGGGACCGGGUGGCGAUCAUACGACUCGAUCGUGGGUCAGCCAAUUUUCUACUCUGGCUUCAGCGAGCGGAUGAAGAACCGGGUGAUGCAGGAUGUGCGGGUACAAGAGAGAAUCGCGAAACUUGCGGGCGGAAGAGUGGAUGUUGAGAUUGAGCAAGGGACUCUGGGGAAGAAGGAUCGCGCCAGGAGGAGGCAAGAGAUUGGCGAGCAGAUCAGAGAGGUUGCGGAGGAUAUUACGGAUAAUAUGAUUUGCAAGAUGGAGAGUAAAAGCUUUAUCCGUGGGGCCUACUAUCUGGCGACACAGCUGUUGACGAGGGCAUACCAUCAAGGCAUCCAUGUGUCCAGCGAGGAGGUCCUUCGUCUACGAGCAGUGGCUACAGAGGCGGCCAAGAAUAAGCAGUCGAUUGUGUUCCUGCCUUGUCAUAGAUCACACGUUGACUACGUCUCGUUGCAAUUGGUCUGUUAUCGGCUUGGGCUUGCGCUUCCAACCGUGGUAGCUGGCGACAACUUGAAUUUUCCUCUUGUUGGAACAUUUCUGCAGCAUGCAGGCGCUAUGUGGAUUCGCAGGAGCUUUGGUGACGAUCAGCUCUACGUUACGAUGGUGCAAGCCUAUAUCGACGUAUUGCUUCAGGAUGGUUUCAACUUCGAAUGUUUUGUUGAGGGCGGGCGCUCGAGAACCGGAAAGCUUCUUCCUCCUAAAUUCGGUGUGCUCAGCUAUAUCCUCGAUAGUGUACUGUCUGGUCGUGUCAAGGACACCAUAAUAUGUCCUGUCAGCACGCAGUAUGACAAAGUCAUUGAAGUAGAUUCAUAUAUAAGUGAGCUCCUCGGGCAGCCGAAGCAAAAAGAGAACCUGAUGGACUUCCUGUCUGCAUCUUCAAUCCUCUCGCUCAAACUUGGACGUGUCGAUGUUCGCUUUCAUGAGCCGUGGAGUUUGAGGGGUUUCAUUGAUCAGCAAAUCGCACGCUACAGCAAGAUGCCUAAGCGUAUCGAUGAUAAGGAGACGAGGCUCCGUCUUCUAAGAACUCUGGGGUACCGUGUCCUGUCGGAGAUCAAUGAAGUGUCUGUUGUGAUGCCUACGGCCUUGAUCGGCACCGUACUCUUGACCCUGAGAGGUCGUGGUGUUGGGAAAUCAGAAUUGAUACGUCGUGUCGAAUGGCUAAGCGACCGUGUGCGUUCUCAAGGAGGUCGUGUUGCACAUUUCUCGGGUCUGCCAACAAGUGUCGUCGUUGAGAGAGGAUUAGAUGUUCUUGGUGCUGAUCUUGUUGGUGUCGUCCAAGGACUGCCUGAAGAUACAUACUACGCAGUCGACAGGUUCCAGCUCUCAUUCUACCGCAAUAUGACGAUCCAUCUCUUCAUUCUCCAGGCUCUUACCAGUGCUAGCAUGUAUAUACGUGUCAAGCAGGGCGGCGGGCGUCAAGAACAGAGGAUCUCCUACACGGAGUUGCGUGAUCAUGUGUACUUUCUUUCUCAGCUCUUCCGCGGCGAGUUCAUUUUCCCAACGGAAGGUCUCGAGGCCAACUUGGGCAAGACUAUUCGCUCUCUCGAAAAUGACGAUGUGGUGACUGUUGUUCGUGAUGGGCCAUCUCCUAUCCGCUUCGUUGAGCUGAGCGAGAGGGAACGAGAGAGGGGCCGCGAAAAUUUCGAUUUCUACUGUUUCUUGAUCUGGCCAUUCAUUGAGGCGAGUUGGCUGGGUGCCGUGAGUCUUAUAAUGCUCACGCCCCCUAUUGCAUCGUCGCAGGUCUGGCUCGAGACGAAGAAGGUACAGGAUCAAGCACAACUGCUCGGCAAGACGUUAUACCAUCAGGGCGACCUGUCGUAUUUUGAGGCUGUGAAUAAGGAGACGCUCAAAAACGCCUAUCAACGCUUUGAGGAAGAGGGGAUUAUAGUAUCGUCAGCGAAGACGAAAGACUCGAAAGUCCCGCCAACGCUGAGACUUGCUGACGACUGGAGGCCCUCUCGCGACCCCAAGACUGGUCGUAUUCUGGCGAAGGGCAAGCUGUGGGACUGGGCGGAGAUGAUUUCGCAGAGUAGGAGAGAAGGGAAGAACAGGCGAGACGGGGCGACGGUGCAAACACGUGUACUGGCACUGGUCGAGAUUUGUGGUCAGCAGUUGUUUGACGAUGCUGCUGCCGCCGCCAAACCGGUGGCCCCGCUGGGCCCGGAGCCGGACAAGAAACAACGAAGAAGACGUACGACGAUGGGAAAGCCUAGAGCGAAUUUGUGA